AUGGGAAGGGUCACCGCCCUUCUUGGGGCUGGCACUCAAGGCCGGCGCCUGGCCUACAUGUGGUCAAGCCAGGGUAGAGCUGUUCAUCUCAUUGAUGCACAGGAGAAACAACUUUCCGACAGUCUAAAGUAUAUCGACGGCCUGAGAGAUGCUUCACAGAGAACCGACGCACGAUGGGGAGAUAUCAAGACCUUUACCCCCGAUUCACUGCGGGCAGCACUCCAAGACACGUGGUUGAUUGUCGAGUGCGUCCCAGAGAAACUAGAGCUGAAGCGGCAGGUCCUCGCUCAGCUUGACGAGCUUGCACCGAAGGAUGCUAUCAUUGCGUCGAACUCGAGCAGUCACAGCAUUACAGAAAUCAUCGAGGGCUUGAGUCUGUCAAACGCCCGUAGAGUUCUCAGCGCUCAUACAUACUGGCCACCGGAGACUUCAGCCAUUGAGCUUAUGGGGCAUGCGAAUACCGAUCCUGGCAUUAUUCCGCUCCUCAUGGAGCAAUGCCGGGAGCACGGGUUCAGCCCUUUCCAUGUGAAGAGGGAUUCUAUGGGCUACAUCUACAACAGGAUCUGGGCAGCAAUCAAGCGAGAAGCAUUGCUCACGGCAGCAGAAGGCGUCGCGACCCCAUCCGAGAUAGACGCCAUAUUUAAGGACGUCCUAAAGACACCCAAAGGUCCCUUCGAGCAAAUGGACGUGGUCGGUCUGGAUGUCGUACUCAACAUUGAGGAGCAUUAUGCAGAAAAGCGUCCAGACAUCCCUGAAGAGCCGCGGAAGUAUCUGCACCGAUUUGUGCGAGACGGUCAACUCGGCGUUAAGAGCGGACAAGGGUUUUAUAGCUAUUCGAAACCAUGA